AUGUCCAGCAGCAUAUCCUACAAAAUAAUCACAUCUUUAUGGCUUUUGUUCUUGCAUCAUGGCUUAACGGCCUUGGCGUCACAGCAGCUGUCGUUGUCUGAACUCUUUGCACAGAGCAGACUGCUGGCCAACCUCAGUAGCGAUGUAAACGAAAACCUUCUUCGUCAUUUAACGUACAUAGCAGCGGCACCUUUUAACACUCCCCUACGGCUGGUGCAUGAGCUUCAGCAAGGCCGCGUGGCGCACGCAUUCCUCGAAAUUUUGGGUGCACAUGAAACACUUGACAGCGGCAACAUCUCCCCCUGGCUUGACCGGGUCAGGGUAUUCCUGGAACGGUACAUGUCUGCGGUAUGUACAGUGCAUCACGGGGACAUGGUACUCACCUUGAACCAGACAGCUGUCACAGCGAUGCCCAUGAUGCGACGGGCCCUCCUCGCAAAAUUGCUGACUGCCUGGAUGACGACCCUGGGCCAGAGGAUUCCCGACGACGCGCAGAGAAAGCUGGCGCACGUGAUUCGGCAGUUGUACCGCAUCCACAAGGAGUCCGUCGUACAAAAGGGUGUCAUGGAGUACUUCCACAUCUCCAAAGCAGGGGGAACCUCCUGGAACUCUGCCGCGAAACUCAACGGCUGUGUUCGGGGCAUGUCGGCAGGCAGCCAUGUCAAGGGCUUUGGCGACGAGUGUCGAUGGAUGGAUCAGCGAGAGGAGGUGGAGGAGGAGGAGGAGGAGGAGGAGGAGGUGGAGGAGGAGGAGGAGGUGGAGGAGGUGGAGGAGGAGGAGGAGGAGGAGGAGGUGGAGGAGGAGGAGGUGGAGGAGGAGGAGGAGGAGGCCCUGGAAAUGCGUUCGCAUGUAAAAUGUGCCGGCGUGCUGCCGGCUGAUGAUGUCAUCAGCAUCAUGAUUGACACGUCAUCAUCAUCAUCAUCAGCGUCGCCAUCAACAUAA